AUGUCCGACAUACAGCCACUCCCAGCACCACCCCUUAACGCUCCAUCAUCAGCCAAUGCUUGCGAUUUGUGGGUGAUUGACGCAGCGACCGAGAUUGUCUGCGACCCAGCAUGUCUCUUGCAACCCACCAUACACGGACACAAGAAUCUCAACCUGCCGACGUUUGCAUUCUACAUCUAUAACCCGCGACACAACAAACGUGUCUUAUUUGACAGCGGCACACGCAAGGACUGGUGGAAUCUGCCGCCGCGGGUUGUGGAAGCCGUCACUUCUCGCGGGGUUCUGGGACUCCAUGUGAAGAAUGAAGUUUACGAUAUUCUUGCCGAGCAUCAUACAAAAGCCCCGGAUAGCACUAUUGUCGACCCGGAUACUAUUGAUGCUGUAGUCUGGAGUCACUUCCAUUAUGACCACAUAGGCAACAUCCAACGCUUCCCCAAAUCCACGAGCAUUGUGGUCGGACCCGGGUUUAAGAAGGAUUUUCUUCCGGGAUACCCUAUUCGUGAAGACGCCCCCUUGCACCAGGCGGAUUUUGACGGGCGCCAACUGGUUGAGGUAUCGUUUGACAGUGGUCUGAAAAUUGGCAAAUACGAUGCCCACGACUAUUUCGGGGAUGGCAGUUUUUAUCUCGUGAAUACACCCGGGCACACGCGGGGACAUAUAUCGGGCUUCGUGCGAACGACCGCAGACACAUUUGUUUUCCUGGGUGGUGACAUUUCCCAUUUCCCGGGUAUGUACAGACCAAGCCAGUACAGGCCCAUGCCAGCGACAAUUCCUGCUGAAACGCCUCUGGAUACACCGCGAUUACCUGUUCCGUGUCCCUGUUCGCUAUUCACGGCGUGUCAUCCGAGGCAUCCAGACGAGAAGGCGGCGCGGACUGAGCCCUACUAUCAAGUAUCGCAGGACCCGACGUCAUGGUACGAUUUCCCCGCCGAAGCCUCGCGCACCGUCGAGUCGCUUCAGGAAUUUGAUGCGGAUGAGAACGUCUUUGUGGCUAUUGCGCACGACCCGGCAUUGCGGGAGAUUGUAGAUGCGUUUCCAAAUGGGAAACUGAAUGAUUGGAAGGCUAAGCGAUGGGGGGUGAAGAGUCAUUGGCAUUUUGUCAAUGAGCUGCCGGUUGAUGGACGUCCUGGGCGAGAGGCGAUUCGGUGGACUUUACCAGCUACGUCCUUGGACUUCACUGCAGGUGUUAAGAAUAUCUCUCAGGCGACGGCUUGUAUUAGAAUGUCACCGUCUUCAGUUGCAAUCAUAACCGGCGGUGCAGGCGACAUCGGGCGCGCAAUCGCCAGACACCUCGCCCCGACACACUCGCACAUUGUGCUACUCGACAUUGAUGAAGUCAAACUGGAAGAAGCCCGCGACAAGCUCCCCAUCGAGAUACGCAGAAAGAUAACCAUCAGAGUCUGCGAUGUCACGGACUCAAAUGCGCUGUCCCGAGUAGCAGAGGACAUAUUCGGGGCUGCUGAUGCUCCGAAAGCAAGCCUCAAAACGCUCGUCAACAACGCAGGCGGCACAACGAUCGGGUCUCUACACAAAAUCACGCCUGCGGAAUGGAAGCAGGAAGUCGCACUCAACCUUGAUGCAGCCUAUUUCUGCUUCCAUGCGUUUUCAGCGGCGCUACUCAGAAACAACACAGGCACAAUGAUCAACAUUUCAUCUGCCAAUGGCGUCGGCAUGUUUGGCAACCCAGCCUAUAGCGCCGCCAAAGCCGGGCUGAACCAUUUCACGCGCGCGGUUGCGGUCGAGUAUGGCAAGGGUGGAGUUAGGGCUAAUGUGGUCGCGCCGGGGACGGUGAUGACGGACGCGUGGCGAGGGAAAGUGGAGGACAAGCCUGACGUGUUCGCUCGAUUGAGCGAGUGGUAUCCCUCGGGACGACUGGUUGAGGCUGACGAGGUGGCCAGCGCUGUCGCGUUCUUGGCCAGCGAGCAGGCCAAGGGGAUCAACGGAGUCUGUCUGCCGGUGGACGGCGGGCUGACGGCGGGCAUGCCACCAGUCGCGCGGAGUUUUGGCGUGGACGACGCACGCCUGCGCAGUCGCUCCAAAUCCCCCAGCGGCAGAAGUCGCGAUCGUGCGCCGUCGCGUUCUCCAGCGCCGUCGUCGAGAUCAGCCGGGAGGAAAUACUACGACUCGGAUUCAGCAGAGGAAGAACGGCGCGACAGGCGAUAUUCCGGCCGCAGUAGCCGUGCUGACUACGACAAGCGAAGCAGCUCAAAGUACGGCCUUUCCGACUCAGAGGAAGAUCGCUAUCGGGCCAAGGAGCGCACCAAAGAUCGGUACUACCACUCGGAAUCGGAGGACGAUGGUGUAAGGAGACGCUACGCAGAAAGAGUGCCUCAACCCACCACCAGCAAGUCGUCACGCUACAAAGACGAAGCAGAGAAGAAUCGUGCGUAUCGUCGCUCAGGUCGCGGCCAUUCGCCAGUGUAUGACAGUGACUCGGACACGGAAAGCGACUCUGAUACGAGUGCGCUCGCAUACGGAGAGGCUCAUGGCCAUCUGAAGCACCGCCCGCCUCAACAGCAGCAGCAGCAGCAGCAACAGCAACAAGAUCCACGCUCGUCGCGUGAGUCGAUAACAAAACUGGCGUCAAAAAUGGCCUCAAGCGUGGCCUCCAAGCUUGGUGCUACUUACCGACUGGAUGAUGACUCCGACCACGAACGGCCCGGUGCUCAUCCCCGUUACGCCAAGCCCGGUCAAUUCUCCUACCAGCAACCCCCCGUCGCGACGCAUGCUCAGCCAAGCCAAUACGCCGAUGCGAGGCUACAGGCGCAAAUUAACAAUGGCCAAAUUCCUCCUGUGCUCCCUCCCGAUUGGGCUCCGAUUCCCCCGUCUGAGAUGCCCGGUUAUGUGCCUCCGAGCUCCCAUCCGGCUAGCACACAGUCAAUCCCAGGCGCUUUCCCCGGAGGAUUCCCAGCCACAGCGCCUCCUCAUACGCAGGCUCCAGCGUAUGCCCCGACACAGUCAUAUGCAAACCCGGCUCUUUACCAGUACGCAAAUCCUGAUCCGAAUAUCCGGUAUACUUCCAAAAAUGAACGACAACCCUAUACUGCGUCAGCGCAACCCCAAUUCACAAAGCCCUAUACCGCGAGUGCCGAACCUCAAUUUCUGGAGAUUGCACCUGGGCGUUCUCGCGAUGAAAGCGUCGGCCGACAGGGUCGUCCUCAUAGUCUGUCUGUAUCUAGCAAUCUUUCGGUAGGCGGUGGAGGAGGAGUACCUGCCGGUAGCCGACCUCCAGCUAGCCCCCUUCUCGAAGCGUACAAGGGCACCUAUCAAUCCAUCUCCCCGAUGCCUUCUCCGAUCAUUAGCCCGGCCAAUUUGGCCCGCGACGAAGACAUCUCCGACAUGGACGAGCUAGGUGGGGGAUCUGGAUCUGAUCGUCGCCGGAAGCACCGACACACCAAGUCUCGAGAUGAGAAAGAACGCACUAGAGAAUCAGACAAGGAUCGCAAGCGUCAUUCGAGGCAUGCCAGCCGUAGUGGUGGUGGUAAUGGCAGCGAAGAAAUGAUUCUUAUCGAGCCAUCGGUCCGGAAGAGAGUCACAUUCUAUGACCCAGUCCCCGAUGCCAUGGACUUGAAAGAUGCCCUAUCUCGCCAUACCAGUCUUGACACGCGACCACUUCUAGAGAUCCUACCGAAUCUCGCUAGCGAUGAUAUCCUGGCUCUGAGACAGGAGUACAAGAGACAUGCCAAGGUGCACGGCAAAGGCAUCAACAUUGCUAAACACAUCAAGUUGAAGCUCGGCAACACCUCCUUCGGCAAGGUCUGUUAUGCCACCGCCCUGGGUCGAUGGGAGUCCGAAGCUUACUGGGCGAAUUGCUAUUACCAAGCGGGCACAUCGCGACGCGAGCUACUCAUUGAGUCACUGAUAGGACGAACCAACGCAGACAUUCGCGAGAUCAAAAACUCAUUUCGAGAUGCGCGGUAUGCGGAUAGUCUUGAGAAAUGCAUGAAGGCAGAACUCAAGGCAGAUAAGUUCCGUUCUGCUAUCUUGUUGGCGUUGUCGGAGCAAAGACAGCUCGAUAAGGGCCAGGUGGAUGUGCAUUUGGUGCAGGAUGAUGUGAGAGAUUUGCGGCGAGCGGUGACUGCGCGCGAAGGUGGCGAGACGGCGAUGAUUAAUAUCGUUUUGCUUCGGAGUGACAGCCAUCUGCGGGAGGUUAUGGCGUUAUAUACGCAUUUAUACAGGACGAAUUUUGCCAAGGAUGUGAUCAAAAAGUCGCAGAACCUGGUCGGCGAAACGCUCGUACACAUUCUCAAUGGCGCCGUCAAUCGUCCCAUGCGAGAUGCCUUGCUGCUGCAUCAAGCCAUCCGUGAAUCGCACAGCAGCAGAGAGCGAUCAGAGCUGCUCAUCUCGCGACUGGUGCGUCUGCAUUGGGAGCCGAAGCACUUGGAGCUGGUGAAAGAGGAAUAUGGGUAUCGAUACCGCGAGCGCGUGGAAGAGGCAAUUGCGCAGGAAGUCAUUACGUCUAGUGGAGGCAGUGAAUGGGGGGAGUUUUGUAUUGAGUUGGUUAGGAGUUCGUCAAAAUUGGCGUGA